CAGCCGCUCUGCUCGGUGGCAGAAACCCCGUAGUGCAGCACAGCAGCGCCAUUCGGAAACUGCAGCUAUCCAAAAUGGCAGGAGCUGAUGGAGACGACUCUCUCUACCCUAUCGCCGUGCUCAUUGAUGAGCUACGGAAUGAGGAUGUUCAGUUACGACUGAACAGCAUCAAAAAGCUGUCCACGAUUGCCUUGGCCCUUGGAGUGGAGAGGACCCGCACUGAACUCCUUCCUUUCCUUACAGACACCAUUUAUGAUGAAGAUGAGGUGCUCCUGGCCUUGGCUGAGCAGCUUGGCAAUUUCACUAUGCUGGUUGGAGGGCCCGAAUAUGUCCACUGUCUUCUGCCUCCUCUGGAGAGCCUGGCUACAGUGGAGGAGACUGUUGUGAGAGACAAGGCUGUGGAGUCCCUGCGCAAGAUCUCUCAGGAGCAUUCUCCAGUUGACCUGGAGGUCCACUUUGAACCCUUGGUCAAGCGGCUGGCCAGUGGUGACUGGUUCACCUCACGAACAUCCGCUUGUGGCCUCUUUAGCGUCUGUUAUCCCCGUGUCUCCAGCACUGUCAAGGCUGAGAUCCGCCAGCAUUUCCGCACCUUGUGUUCAGAUGAUACUCCUAUGGUGCGUCGUGCUGCAGCGUCUAAGCUGGGGGAGUUUGCCAAGGUCUUAGAGCUAGACUAUGUAAAGAGUGACAUCAUUUCCCUCUUCACUGCUCUGGCCUCUGAUGAGCAGGACUCAGUGCGGCUGCUUGCGGUCGAGGCUUGUGUCAGCAUUGCCACUCUGCUGCCUCAGGAGGAUCUGGAGACCCUGGUGAUGCCUACCCUGCGCCAGGCUGCAGAGGACAAGUCCUGGAGAGUCCGCUACAUGGUUGCUGACAAGUUCUCUGAGCUCCAGAAAGCUGUAGGACCAGAGAUCACGAAGAACGACCUGGUCCCAGCUUUCCAGAAUCUUCUGAAGGACUGUGAAGCUGAGGUCCGUGCAGCUGCUGCUAACAAAGUCAAAGAAUUCUGUGAGAACCUUCCAGAGGACAGUCGUGAGCAAAUCAUCAUGACUCACAUUCUGCCCUGCGUCAAGGAACUGGUGUCAGACACCAACCAGCAUGUGAAGUCAGCCCUGGCCUCAGUCAUUAUGGGUCUUUCGACGAUCCUGGGAAAAGACAACACUGUUGAGCACUUAUUGCCCCUCUUCCUGGCUCAGCUCAAGGACGAGUGCCCUGAGGUGCGCCUCAACAUCAUCUCCAACCUCGAUUGUGUGAAUGAGGUGAUUGGUAUCCGUCAGCUCUCCCAGUCACUGCUGCCGGCCAUUGUGGAGCUAGCAGAGGAUGCCAAGUGGAGGGUUCGCCUAGCCAUCAUAGAGUACAUGCCCCUGUUGGCAGGCCAGCUGGGAGUGGAGUUCUUUGACGAGAAGCUCAACACCCUUUGUAUGGCCUGGCUCAUCGACCAUGUGUACGCUAUCCGUGAGGCAGCCACCUGUAACUUGAUGAAACUGGUGGAGAAGUUUGGAGCUGAGUGGGCUCAAAACACCAUUGUACCCAAGGUGCUGGGGAUGGCCAAUGACCCAAAUUACCUCCAUAGAAUGACCACUCUUUUCUGCAUCAAUGCUUUGUCAGAGGCAUGCGGGCAGGAGAUCACCACCAAGCAGAUGCUGCCAGUGGUUCUUAAGAUGUCCAAUGACCAGGUGGCCAACGUACGCUUCAACGUGGCCAAGUCCCUUCAGAAGAUUGGCCCCGUCCUUGACAGCAAUGCCCUUCAAACAGAGGUGAAGCCAGUGCUGGAGAAACUGGCCACAGACACAGAUAUGGAUGUCAAGUACUUUGCCCAGGAGGCUAUCAGUGUUCUGGCCCUGGCAUAACCCACUCAGCAUGGCUAAACCAGUCAACCACCCAAAACAACAACGCAAACACUUUUACAAGAUAUUUAUUGAUGUUCAGGAACAACUGGUUAAUGUAUAGAGAAAGCUGUUAACAAUUGUUUUAUCCUUUUCUUUCCUUUUUAUUUGACUGUCCAAUUGUAGUCCAUGUCCCUGCAUAGCACAGGCUUCGUUAACAUUUCCUUUUGCUGUAAAUGGGUGCUUUAACAAAGGCAAAGUGUGAUGAAAUUGCAUUAAGUGGUGCAUGCUGACUAAUGUGCUACUGUACUAGCUAGGCAUCGCUAAUCAGAAUCCCUCUCACAUUCCUCCCGUUACAUCCUCAGCCACUACUGUACUUUAGCCACUGUCAUUGCAGCAUACACAUGUCUUUCUUCGCUACGUAUCACCUAGGGCUGUGUUAGCUCCGUGUGCUGCUGCACCGUUUCUACAAGUGCUAGAUGCGUACUGUCUGCAGCAGAUGGUGGAACAUGCUGUUUGUUUUGCUGAGCCUCCUCCCGAAAGAGCCCUUUUGAUAGUUGUGUUUUCCCCAGACACACUGCUGUGGCUUUCAAGAGAAUUGAUGGGAAGGUUUGUGCAGUUAAGUACAGGUGUUCUUCCUUUCACCAACCUUUGUGUCCACAGGAGUGUUUCUGUACAAAGCUAAAGAAAUAUGGGGUUGCCUCUCACUGCAUGUUAACAGAUGAACUCUCUGAAAGAUUGCUUGUUCUCAUCAGUCUCUCAAAGAUGGUGUCCUUUUUCCCAAACCCACUCCCCGACUACCCUUCUCUUCUGUACUGUUUGUUCUCUGCAGCAACACAGCUGAGAUUGAAUUGGUCAAACAAAUGAAUUACCUCGGCCCAAUGUUCCAGGAUUAAGUAAUAGGGACCAGCUCAGUCAUCAAGUGUUGCUCAUAAUUGUCCUCCUUCCAACCCCACAGUCAUUUGGUUGUUAUGUGAAAGGGUGGGAAAAGAAAGCCAGGGGUUGUAAUUUUCUGCUUUAUGUUCUCGGCAUUGCUCUUAAUCUUUGUGCCAAUGACUUCGACAAGCUACGGUGUUUUCUGUUAUUGCGCUUGGAUAAACAGUUUUCACCUGUCCGGUUCUGUAAAGAGACAGUGUUGCUGUGAUCUUUUCUGUAAAGGACAUGUAAUUCCUUGAACGUAAAUAGGAUGGUAGAACUAAUUUGACCACAGCUAACGGGGCCGUGGGACAGAGGAAGAAAGCCACGGCACGCCUCAUGUCCCAGUUCCACCCGGUUUUCCCUGAAGUCCAUGCCUACUGGUUCUUAACCAUGCAUGAGAUUUUAAAGCAGAGCCAGUGAAUCUUUCAGCCCGUCCACUGAUCUUUGCUUAAAGAUUUUUUACAUGAAGUAGAACAAGUGCAUGCUUUAAAAGAGUGGGAUCGCGACAUUAGGACAGUGUAAGGAAGGCUGCAUAAUGUUUUAUUAUGGAGUGGGAGCAGGGGUGGUUAUGGGUGGGUUGAAUAAAUGUAUCGUCUGUGUUGGGGAAAAAAGAAUCUUUUGUCUCUCCCUGAACUGUUCCCACUGUUCCCUUCUCCCCCUCCCCUCUCAUUUUGUUCUCUUAAAUAAACUUUGAUUGUUGAUUGUCCUAUAUCAUGAAGACAGUGCUCUUUUAUUUUUAUUUGAAUUCUCUCCACAAUUGGGAUGCUAUACUACUGUAUCUUGAUCUGAAUAAAGUAACACAAAGAGAC